GCAUGAAAAAUGUGUAGCCAAUAUGCAAAACGUCCCGGUAUGUAGGUGAGCAUGCAUUUUCCCCAUGACGCGCCAGACACCGUGAACGUGCAUCAUCUUCGGGCUGCUGUUACUAUGAUGCAAUGGCGGCGGUGCUGUUUAUCAGAGUUGGAUGAGUUAUCAGGUCAAGCCGCUCGACACAGACACCGUGGAUAGGAAACCCACCUCUGUCCACAUCAACCGAAUUCGUAACUGUUUCGUGAUUUAGCCUCAACGUUACUUUAGGAAUGUGGCUAGCGGGGGUUAGCUAGCUAAUGAAAGUCUGUGCCAUGGUGAUGUAGGGCUUUUUCGCACAUCUGUCUGCAGUAGCUAGCAACCGUCAGCCACCACCCGCCUGCUAACGUUACACCAGGCAAGCAGCCGGAGGAGACUGGACAUCACUCUGUCCUCUGACGGGAGUCUCGGCCCAAUCGGACCGGAACAUGGCUGAGAGGAAUUCUACCGGAUUACUAAUGAUGUUGGAACCGACCCCGGCUAUCGCCAUGACUCUCCCGGUGGAGGUUCGGGAGAAGCUGGCGGAGUUGGAGCUGGAACUCUCGGAAGGGGACAUCACACAGAAGGGAUAUGAGAAGAAGAGAGCCAAGCUGCUGGCCUCCUACAUCCCUCAGAUUCAAGAACCAUCUCUGCAGAAGGAGAACAGGACCCAGACAUCAUCUCAGGCUGCUCCACCAGGAUCCAAACACAACAAGUCUCGGGCCACCAACACACGGGAUGAACGCUUCAGAUCUGACCUGCAUACAGAAGCCGUUCACGCUGCCUUGGCCAAGUACAAAGAGCGGAAGAUGCCAAUGCCCUCCAAGAGACGCUCUGUUCUAGUUCAGUCCUCUGUAGAGGCAUGCACUCCCCCAGACACGUCCUCGGCGUCAGAAGACGAGGGUUCACUGCGUCGUGCGGGCCGGAUGGUGUCCUCCACGCCGUACCAGAACCACCCGGCGCCGAACGUAGAACACUGGUUUAACAGAGUCAUCCAGGGUUCCUCCACCUCCUCCUCGGCAUCCUCCACCUCAUCCCAUCCUGGAGGGAGGGUCCACGCUACCACAGCCGUGCUGGCUGAUCUCAUGGCAUACACCCAGAUAGAUAACCACUCCGCCCCCCCGGACGUGACUGGCCUAUUGGAACACUCGCUGCAUGCGGACAGAGACAGACCCCCGGUGGCGUCGGUGAAGGUGGUCCCCAGGGGGUACAACCACUCCAGCGUCAUGGAAACCGCCGAUGGUGUCCCAGUGAACAGCAGAGUGUCCUCUAAGAUCCAGCAGCUUCUCAACACUCUGAAGAGACCAAAGAGACCGUCACUUAGAGAGUUCUUCAUUGACGACUUCGAGGAGCUUGUAGAUGUUCAGCAGCCGGACCCUAACCAGCCCAAGGCGGAGGGGAACCAAAUGUCCCCUCUAGCAGGCGAGCCUCUGGGUGUAGUGACCAACUGGCCUCCCUCCCUGCUGGCCUCCCUCCAGCGCUGGGGCAUCACCCAGCCCAGGAGCCCCUGUCUCACUGCCCUGGACAACGCUGGUAAACCAGUGUAUACUCUUACCUACGGCAAGUUGUGGACACGCAGCCAGAAACUGGCCUACACUCUUCUGAACAAACUGAGCACGAGGAACGAGCCACUACUGCAGCCGGGAGAUAGAGUUGCUCUAGUGUUCCCCAACAGUGACCCGGUGAUGUUUAUGGUGGCUUUCUAUGGAUGUCUGCUGGCAGAGCUGAUCCCUGUGCCCAUUGAGGUGCCCCUCACCAGGAAGGAUGCAGGCAGCCAGCAGAUAGGUUUCCUGUUGGGCAGCUGUGGGGUGACUCUGGCUCUGACUACUGAUGCCUGUCAGAAGGGCUUGCCUAAAGCACAGACUGGAGAGGUGGUCACGUUUAAAGGCUGGCCGCGGUUGCUGUGGUUCGUAACAGAUGGGAAGCACGUUGUAAAGCCACCCAAAGACUGGCACCCCACCAUCAGGGAAGCUAACAAUGAGAUUGCCUAUAUAGAGUACAAGACCAGUAAGGAGGGGAGCACAAUGGGUAUAACUGUCUCUCAUCCAGCCAUGCUAGCCCACUGUCACGCCCUCACACAGGCCUGUGGAUACACUGAGGCUGAGGUCAUUUGCAACGUCCUGGACUUCAAGAGAGAUGCAGGACUGUGGCACGGGGUUCUCACUAGUGUGGUGACCAGGAUGCACGUGAUCAGCAUCCCUUACUCCCUGAUGAAGGUCAACCCUCUGUCCUGGAUUCAGAAGGUUCACACUUACAAAGCGCGCGUAGCGGUGGUGAAGUCCAGAGACAUGCACUGGUCCCUGUUGGCCCAGAGAGACCAGAGAGACAUCAGCCUGAGCUCUCUGAGGAUGCUCAUAGUAACAGAUGGAGCUAACCCCUGGUCGAUAUCCUCGUGUGACGCCUUCCUGAACGUGUUCCAGGCACGUGGGCUACGUCCCGAAGUGAUCUGUCCAUGUGCCAGCUCUGCUGAGGGCAUGACGGUCGCCAUCCGAAGACCUCCGGAGUCAGGUGUCCCUCCACCAGGGAAGGCGGUGCUGUCCAUGAGUGGUCUGAGCCACAGUGUGAUCCGGGUAGACACCGAGGAGAAGCUCUCUGUCCUCACAGUGCAGGACGUGGGCCAGGUCAUGCCAGGCGCGCUGGUGUGUGUGGUACGUGUGGAGGGAACUCCUUAUCUCUGCCAGACAGAUGAGGUGGGGGAGAUCUGUGUGAGUUCUGGGAGUACCGGCGUGGCAUACUACGGCCUCCCGGGCAUGACCAAGAACACAUUCCAGACCAUCCCAGUAAGAGCCUCAGGAGGUCCCAUCAGUGGCAGACCCUUCACCAGGACGUCACUACUGGGCUUUGUAGGACCUGACAACCUGGUGUUUAUCGUAGGUAGAAUGGACGGGCUGAUGACGGUGUGUGGUCGGAGACACAACGCUGAUGAUGUGGUUGCCACGGCGCUGGCAGUGGAGCCCAUGAAGUUUGUCUACAGGGGGAGGAUAGCAGUGUUCUCCGUCUCGGUUCUCCAUGAUGAGCGUAUUGUAGUGGUGGCAGAACAGAGACCAGAUGCUUCAGAGGAGGGCAGCUUCCAGUGGAUGAGUCGGGUUCUUCAGGCUAUAGACAGUAUUCACCAGGUGGGGGUGUACUGUCUAGCUCUUGUCCCUGCCAACACAAUGCCCAAGGCUCCGCUGGGUGGGAUCCAUAUCUCAGAGACCAAACAGAGGUUUCUGGAAGGAGCUCUCCACCCCUGUAACGUCCUCAUGUGUCCCCACAGCUGUGUUACCAACCUGCCCAAACCACGGCAGAAACAACCAGAGGUGGGUCCUGCCUCUAUGAUCGUGGGGAACCUGGUAGCAGGGAAGAGGAUUGCUCAGGCCUGUGGGAGAGACGUGGCUCAACUAGAGGACAAUGACCAGGCACGUAAGUUCCUCUACAUGCAGGAUGUUCUCCAGUGGAGAGCCCAAGCCACGCCUGACCAUCCCCUGUUCAUGGUGCUCAACGCCAAGGGCACAGUGUCCAGCACUGCUUCCUGUCUGCAGCUGCAAAAGCGGGCAGAGCGUGUUGCCGUGGCGCUGAUAGAGAAGGGACGCCUCAACCCCGGAGAUCACGUAGCACUGGUUUACCCUCCAGGUAUUGACCUGAUCGCUACGUUCUAUGGGUGUCUGUACGCUGGCUGUGUUCCUGUCACCGUCAGACCUCCUCAUCCUCAGAACCUGGCCACCACCCUGCCCACCGUCAAGAUGAUUGUAGAGGUCAGUAAGUCGGUGUGCAUCCUGACCACCCAAGCAAUAGUGAAGCUGUUGAAGUCCAAAGAGGCUGCUGCUGCUGUGGAUGUCAAAUCCUGGCCGAUGGUCCUGGACACAGACGACCUCCCCAGGACGAAGAGGCUUCAGGUCUACAAACCUCCCACCCCAGAGAUGCUGGCAUACCUGGACUUCAGUGUGUCCACCAUGGGCAUCCUGGCUGGAGUCAAGAUGUCCCAUGCUGCCACCAGUGCCUUGUGUCGCUCCAUCAAGCUGCAGUGUGAGCUGUACCCGUCUCGCCAGAUAGCCAUCUGUCUGGACCCCUACUGCGGCCUGGGCUUGGCUCUCUGGUGCCUCAGCAGUGUAUACUCUGGCCACCAGUCGAUCCUGGUUCCUCCUCUAGAGUUGGACAGUAAUGUUUCUCUGUGGUUGUCAGCUGUCAGCCAGUAUAAAGUCAGAAUCACGUUCUGCUCCUACUCGGUCAUGGAGAUGUGUACCAAGGGGCUGGGGACACAGACUGAGACACUACGGUUGCGUAACAUAAACCUGUCGUGUGUUAGGACCUGUAUGGUUGUAGCAGAGGAGCGUCCUCGUAUCACUCUGACCCAGUCCUUCUCUAAGAUCUUUAAAGACCUGGGUUUGUCUCCUCGAGCCGUCAGCACCACGUUCGGCUGCAGGGUCAACAUGGCCGUCUGUCUGCAGGGCAUGUCAGGACCAGACCCUACCACAGUUUACCUGGACAUGAGAGCUCUGAGACAUGAAAGGGUUCGUAUGGUAGAGAGAGGCUCUCCACACAGUCUGUCUCUCAUGGAGUCUGGCAAGAUCCUGCCUGGGGUGAAGGUGGUCAUCGCCAACACAGAGACCAAAGGACCUCUAGGAGACUCCCACCUGGGAGAGGUGUGGGUGAGCAGCCCCCACAAUGCAACAGGUUACUACACGGUGUAUGGAGAGGAUGCUAUGCAUGCGGAUCACUUCAACACCAAGCUGAGCUUUGGAGACACGCAGACGGUCUGGGCCAGAACAGGAUACCUGGGUUUCCUACGACGCACUGAGCUCACCGACGCCAGCGGAGAACGUCAUGAUGCUCUCUACGUGGUGGGGUCUCUGGAUGAGACUUUGGAGCUACGAGGGAUGAGGUACCAUCCCAUCGACAUCGAGACGUCCGUUAUCCGCUCACACAAGAGCAUCGCUGAAUGUGCUGUGUUCACGUGGACCAACCUCCUGGUGGUAGUAGUGGAGCUGUCUGGGUCGGAGCAGGAGGCUCUGGACCUAGUUCCCCUGGUGACUAACGUGGUUCUGGAGGACCACUACCUGAUCGUGGGUGUGGUGGUGGUGGUGGAUCCUGGGGUUAUACCUAUCAACUCAAGAGGGGAGAAACAGAGGAUGCACCUACGGGACGGCUUCCUGGCUGACCAGCUGGACCCCAUUUAUGUGGCCUACAAUAUGUAAACAACAACAUGUCAA